UAUAUAACCAGUUGAUUGAUAAGUCAAGUCACUUCUGUGGUGACUACUGAGGAUAACUUGUUACUAGACAUCAUGGUGUCUUGGACUGUGCUUCUUCUCUCGCUCGGAUGUGUUUUGGCGCACCACAAUGAGUUCCACCAACCAGAAUCCACCUUUCCGGUGCAAAAUGAUCCACAACACACCCUAGCCUAUGCACUUCCUGUGCAAAUCUACUCGGCUCAAUCUAGCCCAGCUCCUCCCCUUUCUGAAAUCUACUCAGCGCCUGCCUCUUACCCUGCAAUCUACCCGGGUCCACCACAAAUCUACACGGCCACCAUAGCACCAGCCCCUCAAAUAUACACAGUCACACCCGCUCCACAGUACUCAGCACAUAGUCUAGGAGUUCAGAGCUAUUCACCACCAAGUCCUUCGUAUCAUAGUUAUUCAGAGCAAAGCUACUCACCAAAUACGUACUUCGCGUCAAGUUACUCAGCACCUAUACACUCAACUCAAAGUAAUUCAGCAAUAAGCAAUAAAGUUAACCACGGUUACUCACAAUCCAGCUUAUUAUCUAAAACUGCUCCAAACUAUUCGGUAUCUACCAUCCCAUCACUCAGCUAUACUAUACCCAGUCUUCCACCUCAGAGCUAUUCGGCGCCUAGCGUCUCAGCCAAGACAUACUCUAGUACUAGAUUUACAGCUCCUAUAUCCUCAUCACACAGUUCUUCAUUAUCAAGCGUCUCUACUCAAAGCAAUUCAGUACCAAGAUAUUCAGGAAAUGCGCAUACAUCUCAGGGUAAUGUAAUACCAGGUUAUGCAGCAAAUAACUAUGCUUCUCAGAGUUAUUCAGCACCUAAACUCUCAGCCAAGACAUACUCAAGUCCUAGUUAUACCGCUCCUAUCUCCUCAUCACACAGUUCUUCAUUAUCAAGCGUCUCUACUCAAAGCAAUUCAGUACCAAGAUAUUCAGGAAAUGCGCAUACAUCUCAGGGUAAUGUAAUACCAGGUUAUGCAGCAAAUAAAUAUGCUUCUCAGAGUUAUUCAUCACCUAAACUCUCAGCCAAGACAUACUCAAGUCCUAGUUAUGCAGCUCCUAUCUCCUCAUCACACAGAUCUUCAUUAGCAAGCAUCUCUACUCAAAGCAAUUCAGUACCAAGAUAUUUAGGAAAUGCGCAUACAACUCAGGGUAAUGUAAUACCAGGGUAUGGAGCAAAGAACUAUGCCUCUCAGAGUUAUUCAGCACUUAGCCAACCGGGUAAGCCAUACUCUGGUCCAAGCUAUCUAGCACCUUCAUCUCAAAGCCAUGCAGCACCGAGCUAUGCAACAGAGACCUACACAUCUCAGAGCUACUCAUCACCUAGCCACUCUUCUCAAAGUUAUUCAGCUAAAACUAGCCCAGCUUCGAGUUUCUUAGCAUCCCAUGGCUCGGCAAAUUCUCAAACUUCCUCACUUGCAGCCAAAACCUACCCUAUAGUGUAUAAAUCUGCCUCGAUUGUGCCCGUGAAGACUUCUCAGUAUUCUUCUGUUCAAUAUCAAGAACCUGUAGUAGAGUACCAGCCUACAGUCUUAAACCAAAAUCGUAAUGCAUUCGUCAAACCAGUGGCCAUUGUUACUCAAAGUCAAGACGAUGAUUUUGACGGGAACUUCAGCUAUGAAUAUCAGACGGAGAACGGCAUCGCGUCUUCAGCAGCUGGCCACGUCAAGCAGCUGAGCCCUCAGCAGUUGGCCCAGGUCAUGCAGGGUCAGUACUCCUACACGGCCCCUGACGGCACCCCAGUGGUCACCCGGUGGUUCGCGGACGAGACUGGGUUCCACGCCGAGGGAGAUCACCUCCCAGGUCCACCACCAGUACCUAAGGGCAUCGCUAAGACUCAGCACUAAACAAGUGGCGUUACUAAGGACUAUGGCCUGAAGUUGUGGCAUUUUAAAUACCUACUUUUGUGAAUAAACUGAUUAUUUUGCAA